GGUCUAGAUGUAUGUGCACCUGCUGUCUUAUAAAAUUGUCGGCCUUGGCCCAAGCCAAGGACCCUUUCGCUUCUCUCAGUCUACGACUAGGCGGCGGCGGCGGCCUUCACGCACGAGCCUUCGCCGCCUAUACUUGCGCUUCGUCGAGCCGGUGAGUCCCGUUUUUGCCCGCUUAUUUUGCGUUUUCUCCAAAUCUUUUGCUGACAAAAAUCGACGAUGUUUGUUUUGAGUUUCCUCCCGCAUGAAGAAAUCGUUGAAUUUUGAAAGUAUAUGAUGCUAUGAUGGUAGCGCGUUUGGGUUCCAGAUCGGGAUCUGUGAUAUUUUCGAGAAUUCUCGGGUGUGCUGGCUUCGAGUUUUGUGAGCUCUCUGUUGUGUGAUGUGCAAGUUAUAGGAAUUGGAUGUGGCUGGGAUUUGAGUGAAUUGUGGUCUAAGAACAAGAGGGAAGGAUCUUUCUCCAGACUUCGCAAUUUUGGACGACGAGAUGCACUUCCUUGCAUCAUUUCAUGUCCCUACAGGUUUUGUGUUAUCUGGUUUGUCGGGAUGGAUGCCAAAAAGUUCCUGCAGCUGGUCGAAGAGAAGAAAAGGAGGAUCCUCGAGAAGAAAGAAGCCCCACUAAAGUGGCAGCAGAAGCUAGAAGCAGCAGUUAACGUCAAAGCUGAUGCAGAAGCGAAGGCGAAAAAACUAAAAUCAAGAAAGCAUAGGAGGAGAGGAGAUUCUUCCUCGGACUCUGACAGUGACUAUGACAGCGAUGUUGAUCGGAAACACCGGAGGAGGAAGGAUCGUAGAAGGAACAAGAAGCAUGAGCAUUCUGACUCUGAUGAUGCCAGGAGAGGCAAGCGUAGGUCCAAAAAGGGCUCAGACUCAAGUGAUGAGAGCAACCGUGAAUAUGAAAGCGGGUCUGAAGAAGAACAUACAAAGAAGAAGCGUUUGCACAGAAGAAGGCAUCACAGACACUCUUCAAGGUCAGACUCUGAAGACAACAGUGAUGAGGAAGAGCGGAGAUCUGCCAAGGACCAUUCUCAGCCCCGCAGACGCCACCAUCAGUCUUCUGAUGAUGGCUCGGACAAGGUCAGGUUGAGACAUGGGAAGCGUCUGAGAUCAAGUGACGAGAAUGCUCGGCCAGAUUCCAACAGCCAUAAGCAUCUCAGGAGCCAAUCCUUGGAGGAGUCAUCAGAUGAUAGAGAUGAUGAUGGACCAGAGAAGAUAAGAAAUGGCAAAAGGUAUCACAAGAAUCAUCACCGUCACCACCAUCAUCAUCGUCACCAUCGGCACCACCAUGAAAGACAUAAUAACUCAGCAGAACCUAAUGACAGGAGGCAAGUACUGAAAGAUGACCAGAGGGCCCUUGAAGGUAGCAGUGCAGACUGAAGGUAUCCACCAGAGGACGGAAAGAUUGAUUCUUCAUUCGUGAUGUUCCCAGUUAUUUGUUGUGCUGAUAGCAUUUCUUUGAUUUGGGCUAUGAAACGUUAGAAGAUACUGUGGCCAUUCUACCAAUUAUGUUGGUUUUGAGAAUUUGAUAAUACUGAGUUAACAAUGAAGCAUGAUUAUCUGAAAUGUUUAAGUAAUUAGAUCACUAAUACUCUAUAGUGCAACGGAAUAAUUUAUCUGGUAAAAACAGAACUCGGAUUAUCUUUCAUUUGAUUACAA